UGCGUUUCAAUUAACUGAACUUAAAGAUAAUAAUUUCACAUAAUGUCUUUUCCUAGUACCAGAUUAGAGUUGAGUAUAUAAAAUACACAGUCCUUAGUGUCCCUAUCUUCACAACUUCAGGAAUCAUACACAAUGAGAGUACUUGCAGUGAUUUUACUUGUGACGGCAGUGGUGGCCGAGGAUGGUGCAUUAUGUCCUAAGGAACAGGACGCUAAUUACGAAGUGGAUAGAUUAGUAGCCCAUGAGGAUUGCAACAAAUUCUACAAAUGUGUUCAAGGGGAACCAGUCGAGAUGAUAUGCCCUGAGGGACUCUUGUUCAACUCUGUAUUCCGUUUCUGUGACUGGACCCUGAACGUCGAUUGUGCUGAGAGAAGAAUGCCCACUGAAAGAGCUAUCCUUGUAACUGAAGUAACCGAGGCUAAGCCUGAAGGAGAAGCUAGCGGAGACAGUGAAGAAUCUAAUGAAAUAGAAUUGCUUGAAAAUGGAUGUCCCGUAGACCCAGUCAUUCAUUGGCUCGUUCCUGAUGAAGAAGAUUGUUCUGCCUUUUACUAUUGUGUUUGGGGUACUAAAGUUCAAAGGAGUUGUCCUCAUGGUUUACACUUCAAUAAAAAUUUACAGGUUUGCGACUGGGCUCAAUUCGCUAACUGCACAGCGACAGGAACCACCUCUACCACCACAGACGCUACACCACCUCCUACAACUGUUGCCGCUUGUAUAGGAGAGUUGGCGAUAUUGAUUUUGUCUAUAAGUGUGGCAUACGCUGUUAAUUCAUGUCCAGGACCAGAAGCAUGGAGUGAGAAUGUGUUUUUACAACAUGAAGAUUGUCAGAAGUUUUACAGAUGUGUUUUUGGGCAACCAAUCGAAAUGUCAUGUCCUGCCGGAUUGUAUUUUAACCUCGAAACUUUGGAAUGCGAUUGGAAAGCUAAUGUUGAUUGUCCAAAUGAUGAAUCCGAUGAAGAACAAGGAUCACUAUUCUUAGAAAAUGGUUGUCCGAGAAAUUACUCUUUACACUGGCUUUUGCCGCAUGAAAAUGAUUGUAACCUAUUCUAUACUUGCAUAUCGGGAAGAAAAUUAAAACGAAGUUGUCCUGGUUCGUUACAUUUUGAUUUUAAGCAGCAGAUAUGCGGUUGGCCAAAACCGGAAGGCUGUACUACUUCCAACGAAGAUUCGAGUUCGGAAAUUGAUAGUUCUGAAAGUAAUCCAUCCAGAGAAGAUAAUUCACUUGAAGUUACUUCAAAAGAAAAUGAUAGUGAUGAAGAUGUUAGUAAAGAAGAUAUCUCUAAAGAAGAUGAUAGUCAUGAAAAUGACAGCAAGGAAGAUUCAAGUUCACAGAGUAGUCAAGAAAUUAAUUCAUCAGAAGAUGUAACAAUUGAAAAUGACUCUGAGGAAGACUCGAAAGAAAAUGACACUAACGAAAACAAUACUGAGGAAGAUGUCACUAAGGAAGAUGACAGUGACGAAAAUGAUAGUGAUGAUACCUCUAAAGAAGAUGAUACUGACGAAAAUGAUAGUAAUGAUACCUCUAAAGAAGAUGAUACUGACGAAAAUGAUAGUAAUAAUACCUCUAAAGAAGAUGAUACUGACGAAAAUGAUAGUAAUGAAGAUACCUCUAAAGAAGGUGAUACAAACGAAGAUGUCUCUAACGAAGAUACCUCCGAUGAAAACGACUCUUCAAAAGAUGUUACUUCCGAAGAAAACACGGCUGAAGAAGAUACCUCCAAUGAUGACACAGACAAUAUUCGUAAUAUUAAAAAAAUUGAAGCGAUUGUUAAAGUCAAUGUUUUAAAAAAAAUCAAAAAACAUUUAUAAAUUAGAAAUAACUAA